CUCGCAAUCGUUGGCGCCUUGCUUUCGGCUAGAGGAUCAGAUUAUUUCGGUCGCAAAAAGACCAUCAUCGCAGCAAGUGCCUUGUUUAUCAUCGGAUCCGUACUGUCAGCGUUAUCAUGGCAAAAAAUCACUCUUGUGAUCGCUCAAGGAAUUCUUGGUGUAGCAAUUGGUCUGGCUUCGAUGAUUGUCCCUCUAUAUAUUGGUGAAGCAUCUCCAUCACAUAUUCGUGGACGUCUUGUCACCGGUUUCCAGCUGAUGAUCACUGUUGGACUUGUGUUGGCCAACAUAAUUGGCGGAGGUUUCAGCUAUAUUGAUCCCGUCAACGUCGGUUGGAGGCUGAUGUUCGGUUGUGCAGCCAUACCAGCUGCAUUCCAGCUGAUUUCCUUCUUUUUCCUACCUGAAAGCCCAAGAUGGCUGUUCGAACACAAUAGAAGAACUGAAACAGAAGAUGUGCUGAGGAGAAUUUACAAUGGAGAUGAAGAAUGGGUGAAAUACGAGAUGUAUGAAAUCAGAAAAGGACACGAAUUAGAGAAACAGAACAAAAUCAUAUGGCGAAUACUUCGCACACCUCAUGUCCGAAAGGCUCUCUUCAUUGGUAGCAUGCUACAAUGCUUCCAGCAACUUUCUGGAAUCAACACUAUCAUGUACUACACUGGUCAUAUUAUUCGAAGUUCAGGAGUAAAAGAUGAUCAUACCACAAUUUGGAUUUCUGUUGGAACCGCAGGUAGAUUUUGCUAUUCUUCAAAUUUACUCUUGUUGCGAGAACGUUUGAAAUUCGAAAAUUUAGCUGUCAACUGUCUUGGAACGUUCAUUCCAAUAGCUUUGAUCGAACGUAUGGGUCGACGAAUGUUAUUCCUUCUCUCAGUUUCCGGUGUACUUCUUGCCCUGCUAUGUAUGGGUACCACUUUCGUGUUCAUUAACAAGGUAGAUUCUAAAAUUAAUAUUCUUACUGUAACUCUUACCGACUUAGACAUAAUGCUAUUAUUUCAGAACUCGGCCACUUCCCUCCAAGACCUAUCAUUCGAAAAUGCUACCAUUGAUGAGAUUCAACGUCGAUGCAUGGCAAUCAGGUGCAUUAUCUCAGUAGAAAUAAAGUAAAA